GUUAAAGUAAGGAUGGCAAAAUUAAGCUUCCUGGCUCAAGCUAUUAUCUGAGUUGUGAUCCUAGUAUUAUUAUUGUAAACAUAUAACUUUUCAUGUCCAGUCUUUUCAUGUCUCUCAAACCAUGUGUGAACAAGAACCGACGCAACACUGUAAGCAGGAGCCGGAAUAUCGAAUGUUACGUUCACUUUUAUCUAGUACAGGAGCUAGUCUUAGAAAGUACGCCAAAAUGUCAGAAAAAUCUGCUGUAGUACUCCUUGCUAAUGGUUCUGAGGAAAUGGAAUUCACAAUUUCAGUGGACGUGCUUCGAAGAGCCGGAGUUAAAGUAACAGUUGCAGGCGUUGGUUGCGAUGGGUCUGCUAAAUGUAGCAGAGGUGUAGUUAUUCACCCAGACAUGAGCCUCACAGAAGCAGUUAAGAAGGGGCCUUAUGAUGCUGUUGUUUUACCAGGAGGGCUAGAUGGUUCAAAUGCUUUUGCUACUUCUGCAGAAGUUGGAAAUCUAUUAAAGGACCAAGAAAAAGAGGGUAGAUUAAUUGCAGCUAUAUGUGCAGCUCCAUUGGCCCUGAAAGAUCAUCACAUUGGAUUCGGGAAGAAAGUUACAUGCUAUCCUUCUGUUAAAGAUUCUUUGCAGGAUAAUUACACCUACAGCAGUGAUACAAAUGUAGUACAGGAUGGAAACAUUUUAACUAGCCAAGGACCUGGUACUGCCUUUGAAUUUGCUCUAAGUGUAGCCAAAGAAUUGGUCGGAGAAGAAGUAGUUCAAGAGGUUAAGAAAGGGCUUCUGUUGUAAGGAUUAAUAAAAUGUUCAUAUUGUUUUGUAAACUGAGAGCUGUGUUAUUACUUUUUCACUUUUAAAAAAAGUGUGUGGCCAUUUUAAAAAAAAAAAUAUAUAUAUAAUUGUUUCAAUUUUAUUAUUUAGUCAAGUGAAAUUAAUUAUACCCAAAUGGCCACAAUUGUAUUUUUGUGAUAUUAAAUAAAAAAAUAAUAGUUAAUAAAUACUAUGGCAGC